UACAAUCUCGGAAAUAUUAUUUCGUCACAUAAUUUAAUUAAAGUUUUAUGUUUUUUAUUUUUUUAUUUAAGUAAAAUGAUCAAUCGGACAUCAUUUAUUUUAAUAUUUUUUAUUAUGGUAAACGUGAGCAUGACUCCGGAUGGACUCUCAUCGGUUUGGAAAAAAUUACAAAGAGAUCCAUGCUCUGAGAAUGGCUACAAGCUUUUAUCGUUAUUAAAUCUUCUAUGUAAUACAACACAAGUAACAAAUUUGACUACCCGUGAUGCAUGUUAUGGUUGCUUUUUUCGUGCAGGCAACCAGCCAACUGGUCCAUCUCAACUUCAAGCUCUAAAUGAUUGUGCAAACCUUUAUAUAAAUGGAACAGCAUAUUCAACAUGUGCUGUAAAUUUAAAUCUUAUUGUAAAUGGAACAAUUCCGACACAAGCACCAACAACGGUCUGCUAUAGUGGUUAUUGUGAGUUUGUUCGUUGUGUCAGACGAAUAAAUGCUAAUAUUUUGAUCAGUGGAUGUAUUCAAGAGAAUGUUGGCCGAUUUGACUUAACUCAACCACUACCAAGAGUUUAUUUUUACAGCAAUGUUACUGCAUGCAUACUGGCACGUGCUAGGUGUAAUCCAUAUAAUCCAGUUUCUGGAAUCCUACAACAACCAAAUACAGCGCAAUAUGGUGGAAGUAUUUUUGGUUAUGAAAUUUUUACUCCAGUACCAAAUAAUGCCUUACAAAUUUCAGCAUAUGGAGAUCUUAGGAUAAUCACUUUUCCUAAUAACAUUGGUAUUGGAGAUUUGUUUUGUUCACGUUCCCAAUCCUUAAAUCAAGCCCCAUAUAAUAGUUUAACAUGUUAGUUAAAAUUUUCAAAAUUUUUUUAGUUUAGUUCUUAAAGUAACUUUUUAAUUAUAAUAUUUAUAUAAGAUUGUAAUAUUUUAUUUAUUUAUUAAAAUUUGGUGGAAAAAAAAAAUAUUUUGUUAGAAUCAUUUUUAAUCAAUGAUAUUCACAGUUUAUGAAUUAAACUCUUGUUAACUCAAAUAAAUUUGAAUAUUUAUAAUUGUUAUUUUUCCAUUAGACAA